ACCACCGCACCUCCUCCACCCCUCUCUCUCUCUCUUUUAUCUCCGCCUCGUUCCUCUCCCCCAAUCCUUCUCCUUCUAAAACCCUAGAAAAGAGCUCCGCCGCAUCCCGUCUCCAACGCCCUCCGCGGUGGAGCGAGCUCGGAUCCGAUCCCGGUGGUAAACAAUGGUGAAGCAUAACAAUGUUGUGCCAAACGGGCACUUCAGGAAACAUUGGCAAAAUUAUGUUAGGACCUGGUUUAACCAGCCUGCUCGCAAAACCAGAAGACGCAUUGCUCGUCAGAAGAAAGCUGUGAAGAUUUUCCCACGCCCAACUGCAGGCCCGCUUCGCCCUAUUGUGCAGUGCCAGACACUCAAAUACAAUAUGAAAUCCAGGGCUGGAAGGGGUUUUUCUCUUGAGGAGCUCAAGGCAGCAGGCAUUCCUAAGAAGUUUGCCCCUACAAUCGGCAUUGCAGUGGACCACCGCCGUAAAAACCGUUCCCUCGAGGGGUUGCAGGCCAAUGUGCAGAGGCUGAAGACCUACAAGGCCAAACUUGUCAUCUUCCCAAGACGCCCUCGCAAGUUUAAGGCUGGUGAUUCCGCACCGGAGGAACUUGCGACCGCGACCCAGAUCCAGGGACAAUACAUGCCGAUUGUCCAUGAGAAGCCGUCGGUUGAGCUUGUGAAGGUCACGGACGAGAUGAAGUCGUUCAAGGCUUAUGCCAAGCUCCGCGUCGAGCGCAUGAACCAGCGCCAGAUUGGCGCCAGGCUGAAGAAGGCCGCGGAGGCGGAGAAGGAAGAGAAGAAGUAAAUCAGGUCGAAACGCAUUUCUAAGUCCACUGUUAGCUCUAAGUUUAGCUUUCCUUUUAUCAAACAGAGAUUCGUGAAUAUUUCGGUUUCAAUCUAGCUGAGUUCUCGAUUACUGCUCCCUAUGCUUUUUUAUUUGGAUUUGCGAAUGCGUCGGAUCUUUUCAAGAGAGAAUUUUUGGAGUUGUUAAGUUUUAUAAUUCUCAUGAUUCA